AUGUCGUCUGGAAUUGGUCUGCCGGUGUUCCAUGCGGGAGAAGAGGAUUUUGCAAGUUUCUUGGAGCAGUUGGAGUGCUACUUUGUAGUAAAAGAUGUCGAGGAAUCCAAGAAAUUUCAUACACUUAUAGUUGGUCUGCAGCCUAGGCAGUAUCAAGUUCUUAAGGAUUUGGGUGUGCCUGCUACCCCUGUAAGUAAAACUUACGAUGUUUUAACAGCAUUGCUAAGAAAGCAUUAUUGUGGUACUACGAAUCCAAGGGUUGAGCGUACUAAGUUUCGGCAAGUAAUGAGACGAGAAGGCGAGACUCUUCAGGCUUUUUCAGUACGUCUUAAGCAUGAAGCUAGACAUUGUGAGUUUGGUGAUUCACAGAUGUUAGUCGACCAGUUGAUUGCUGGAGUUCAUUCAAAGUGUAUAGCAAAUAAGCUUUUGGAGUGCAAAGAGGGACUAGAUUUAACUUUUGAUAAAGCUUUACAAAUUGCGGAAGCUACUGAAGUUAAUGAAAGAAACGCCGCUUUUUAUGCAAGAUCGGGAAACGGGAGCCAAAGUGCAGUACAUAAGACGCUUCAUGUAAACAAAAUUUACAGUAGACAGUCUGUUCAGAAGAAGAAGGAUGAUGUGAAACCAGUGUACCAUUUGGCUAAUGUGUGCAAAUUUCGUGAUAGUGAAUGCAGAAAGUGUCAUAGAAUGGGACACAUUGCUGUUGCAUGUCGGCAAGGUAAAGUGCCGAAAUCUCAACAUCAAGUGGAUGUAGGCUUAAAUCAAACAGUAAAUGUUGUGAAUGAAAGUACUUUGAAACCAGAUGUACCAGAAUUACAGAGGCUUAACCUUAAUGUUACUAAUAAUGCCAGGUUGAAUCCUGCUGGGCAUAAUGUUAAUGGAAAUGAGUAUCAUAUUUUUGAAAUAAAUGAUGUGCUGAAAUUAGAUGUUAAAACUGAUUUGAAGUUACAUACCAGUAGUAAAUAUUUUGCUAAUAUGAAUUUGAAUAAUGUUGACAUUGAUUUUGAAUUAGAUACAGGUGCUGCUGUAACUUGUGUUGGUGAAUAUACAUUUAAGAAAUUUUGUAAUUCUCGAGAAGAGUUACAAGCUAUUGACAUUGCUCUUACAGAUUAUAAUAAACAGCCAUUGGAAAUUCUUGAAUGGGCAAGUCCUACAAAUAAUAUUGUCAAGUCAGAUGGUAAAAAUGUUAGAAUUUGGGCUGAUUUUAAGGAAACAUUAAAUCCUGUUUGUAGUAUUGAUUCUUACCCAUUACCUAUUCCUGAAGAUAUUUUUGCUACUUUAGCAAGAGGUGAAUCCUUUACUAAACUUGACUUAAGUCAUGCAUAUCAUCAAUUAAAAAUGAUAUUGUUACAAUAUGGAUUGAAUUGUGCUGUUGGUAUUUUCCAAAGAGUAAUGGAAAAUGUUCUUAAAGAUAUACCCAAUGUUGCUGUAUAUUUGGAUGAUAUUGUUAUUACCGGUCCUAUUGAAAAUGACCAUUUGAAAACACUUGAAUUAGUUUUGCAUAAACUUUGUUCUAAUGGUUUAAAGUUAAAGAAGGAUAAAUGUUCAUUCAUGAAUAAAGAAGUUCAAUAUUUAGGUCAUAAGUUAGAUGCUGAAGGAGUACAUGCUUCUGAUGAAAAGGUUAAGGCUAUUGAUCAAUUUUCUGUGCCCAUGAAUAAGCAAGAAUUGAGUACUUUUAAUGGGAUGGUUAAAUCCUUAUUCUUGACUUGUGAUGCUAGUUCUUUUGGUCUUGGAGCAGUAUUGGAGCAAGAGGGUGAAAGUGGUUCAUUAAAACCAGUGUCAUAUGCUUCCAGAACAUUAACUAGGUCAGAAAAGAAUUAUAGUCAGACUGAAAAAGAAGGUUUAAGUGUAAUUUGGGCAGUUAAUAAAUUUCAUAAAUACUUGUAUGGCAGGAAGUUUGAAAUAUGGACUGACCAUAAAUCAUUACUAGGUUUGUUGGGAGAUGGUAAGGCAGUACCCCAUAUAGCCUCUGGUAGGAUCAUUAGAUGGUCAUUAGUUCUUUCUGGUUAUGACUAUAAACUGAAGUAUAAACCAGGGUGUAAAAUUCCAAAUGCAGAUUGUCUGUCCAGAUUUCCUAUGCAAAUUAAUGAAUUUGAACCUCCGAAUGUAGGAGAAGAGGUUUUGUUACUUGAACAUGUUGAUACUACUAAUGUUAAUUCCUCUGAUAUACGCAGAUGGACUGAUAGAGAUCCUGUACUAUCUCAGGUCAGGUCAUGUAUUCUGAAUGGUUGGGAUGAUAAUUUUGAAUUAAAUGAAGAUUAUCAACCAUAUGUUAGUUGA